CAGCAUGGAGACCACCGCGGAGAAACCCAGCGGCCCGCGACCGCUCCGAGACUUCUUAUUCCACCCCCUUUCCUACUCUUACUCAAUUUACAACAACGGCGAUACCACCAACUCCGACCACUCUUCAAAUUCCUCCCACUUUAUACUCUCUUUUCUCCGUCUCCCCACUCUUAUAAUUCUCCCCCCCCCCUUUCCGUCGUCUCCCCGCUCUUCGUCGCCGCCGCAGCCGAGGACGACGACAAGAAAAUCGAUCUCCCAAAACGCUUGCUUUCUCAUCCUCUCUCUUCGUCGAUUCUUCGAUCUCUUCUUGUUUUCCUCUUGUGAUCGCACUUAAUUCAUCGUGAAGUCCCUCGACUUGGUGCAUUGAUCUCCGUUGUGGAAUUUCGCGAGCUAGGGAUAGUGGAGCAUCGGAGGCCGACAGGUGGAGGGAGCUAUGGAGGACAAUGUGGGGAUACCGGAGGAUCUGAGGUGCAAGAGGUCGGACGGGAAGCAGUGGCGCUGCAGCGCGCUGUCGAUGCCAGAUAAAACCGUGUGUGAGAAGCACUACAUCCAGGCAAAGAAGAGGGCGGCGAACUCUGCUCUGAGGGCCAGCCUGAAGAAGGCCAAGAGGAAGUCUCUUGAGGAUGCGGAUGUCUACUUGGAGAGCAAGCAUGCAGGGAGGGAGGUCUCGAGGUCCAUGUCUCCCAUGAAUGCUGGCAGUGGGGAGUUUUCUGGUUCGGGAGGUUCUAUGAAGAAGUACAAGGAGAGGGUGCCCAAAGGUCAGGCCUUGUACUCGGCCGAGACGAUGGCAGUGAGGGGUUUUUCCACUCGUGGUGGUUCUUUGAGACUCAAUGAGGAGCUGCAGAGAGAUACCCAUCAGUCCGAGGAGAAUCGCUUCAGGUCUAUAUACAACACCCCUCCAUCAAGUAAGGAGGCGAAGAACUUCAGCGGGAUUGGUCCAGGGGAGUACUCAGGGAAAAGUUCUGAUUCAUCUGGUGGGGCUGAGGGGCUAACUUGCCAUCAGUGCAGGAGGAAUGACGGGGCAGAUGUGGUCUGGUGUACUAGUUGUGAUCGAAGAGGAUACUGUGAUAACUGCAUUUCAAGAUGGUAUGCUGAGAUUCCAAUGGAGGACAUUCGAAGGGUUUGCCCAGCAUGUCGUGGUAUUUGCAAUUGCAAAGUUUGCUUGCGUGGAGAUAAUUUAAUUAAGGCUAAGAUACAGGAAAUUGCUUCAGUUGACAAGUUGAGAUAUCUUCACACCCUUUUGGCUUUUGUACUUCCUGCGCUUAAACAGAUUUAUGCUGAGCAGUGCGUCGAAAUAGGGGUGGAGACAAGAGUAUAUGGACCAAAAGUAGAUAUUCCGAGGGCAAAUAUAAAUGCAGAUGAGCAGAUGUGCUGCGAUUUCUGCAAAAUACCUAUUUUUGAUUAUCAUCGACAUUGUACAAAAUGUUUAUAUGAUCUUUGUCUCACCUGUUGCCGGGAUCUCCGGCGAGCAUCUCUGGUUACCGUGAGAGGAGAGUCCACAGAUUGUCGGGUUUCUGAGAGAAGCAAAGAUGCUGUUGCUCCAAAUAAGGAUAAAUCUCAGCUACAGUCAGAAGACAAGAAUCCAAUUGAUUUUGCAUAUCUAUUUCCUAAGUGGAAAGCCAACAGCGAUGGCAGCAUCCCAUGCGGACCGGAUGAGGUCGGCGGCUGUGCUUCCUCAAAAUUAAUUUUAAGGCGUAUUUUCAAAAUUAACUGGGUCGCGAAGCUGCUUAAAAAUGCCGAGGAAAUGGUUAAUGGGUGUAAAGUAUCUGAUCCAGGCAGUACAGAUGAAUGUCUUUCGUGUAUGGGGAGCAAGACUUCUCAGUCGAGUACGUCAAGUGAGUCGCUUCUCCGCCAGUGCUCGAACAGAUAUGAUAGUAGCCUCUGUUACCAUCCUGUUUUGGAGGAUUUGAAACGGGAGGGUAUUGCCCAUUUUCAUAAACACUGGGCCAAGGGUGAACCGGUUAUUGUUAAGCAUGUAUUUGAGCAUUCACUGGCUUCAAGCUGGGACCCAUUGAGUAUCUGGAGAGGGAUUCAAGAGACAACAGAUGAGAGACAGAAUGAGAACAUAAUCGUGAAGGUUGUGGAUUGCUUAAACCACUCAGAGGUUGAUAUUGAACUAAAUCAAUUCAUCAAAGGGUAUUCAGAGGGACGCAAGCAUGAAGAUGGUUGCCCACAGAUGUUGAAAUUAAAGGACUGGCCGCCUCCUAGUACCCUGGAAGAGUUUUUAUUGUGCCACAGACCUGAAUUUCUUGUUAAUUUCCCAUUAGUUGAGUUCAUUCAUUCCAAGUGGGGAAUUCUAAAUCUGGCUGCUAAGCUGCCGCAUGAUACCCUGCAAAAUGAAGUAGCACCUAAGCUAUUUAUUGCUUAUGGGACGCAUGAAGAGCUUGGUAGAGGUGAUUCUGUGGCCAAUCUUCAGAUUAAUAUGGUUGACCUGGUUUAUCUAUUGAUGCACACUGCUGAAGUGAACAAUCAAACUUUUAAGAAGUCUGAGAUGGAUAUAAGCGAAAAAAGGUCACGUGGGAAUACCAAUAUAGCCCAUUCUAAUAUGAGUUUAAAUGAAAGGACAGCACCACUUGAUCUGACACAUAGAGAACAUGGUAAAGAAAUGGAAUGUGGUUCAGGCUUGAAAUUCAAAGAAGACAAUGCUAUGGAAAAUCUAGACCGGAAUCCUGAAAUAGCUUCAUUAGAAAAGAAGGAACUUGAUUCAUCCCACUCAGCCAGGGAAGUUGUGGAUAUCCCAGAAAAAGCUAGUGCUGGAGCUAUUUGGGAUGUUUUCCUCAGGCAGGAUGUUCCAAAGCUGAAUGAGUAUUUGAAAGUUCAUGGGAAGGAAUUUACAUUUGCUAAUCAGCCAGCUAAUUCGGUCAUGCAUCCUGUUUAUGAUCAAACUGUAUUCCUCAAUGACAAACACAAAAGAAUUCUGAAGGAGGAAUAUGGAAUAGAGCCAUGGACAUUUAAACAGCAUGUUGGAGAGGCUGUUUUUAUCCCCGCUGGAUGUCCUUUUCAAGUUAGGAAUCUACAGUCUUCUGUACAAUUGGCUCUUGAUUUUUUAUCUCCUGAGAGCUUAGGGGAGUCUGCUCGCAUGGCUCAAGAGAUCCGUUGCCUUCCAAAUGACCAUGAUGCGAAACUUAAGAUGUUGGAGGUGGGGAAGAUAUCUCUAUAUGCUGCCAGUUCAGCCAUCAGGGAAGUCCAGAAGAUAACUCUUGACCCAAAGCUCAGCCUCGGCAUCAAAUUUGAGGACCCUAACCUAACUGCAAUGGUUUCUGAGAAUUUAGAAAGAAUGGCUAAACGAAGGCAAACCGUCUGUACUUAAACUGAGGGAGAGGUGUCCCACGAAGCUUCUGUUUAUCUAUAAAAUUUCUUAUUCAUUUCAACAAUGUAUAUAACUUGUGGAUGUGUUAUAUGAUAUAUAUAAAAAAUAACUCGUACUCCUUAUAUAUUGAUGGUAGCCUCAAAACUUACGCAAGGUGCAUGUUUCAUAUAAUGGCAAUUUCUUUUCUA